UCGCAGCUCUCUGAUUGGUUGAAAGUUAGGCGCGGGGCGGGGCGUCGCGCGGACUGUACAAUGCAGUGUGAAGGUACGGCUCGUGCUGCUGCAGGGCUAAAUAAUCAGUUAAGUGUAAGUUUAGUCAGAGGAGUCCAGUGCUAAGUCUUAUUGUUUAUUUAGUUGGAGUUUGGUUUAGUCGGAGUGUUGGGAGUUAUCUCAGUAAAGAACUAAAGGUUUGUCAGGAGCAGACAGAGCGAAAGUAGAACAAAUCUCUGGUCAAAUCUCCAGAACCGAACUGCAGGCUUGUCGCCUCCGGUUACCGUGCGCGCGAGACUGACUGACAGCCAAAAAUAUCCCUCAGCGCCUGGUUUAUUUACAUAUAACGUUCAUUUAAUUGCAAAAAAAAAAAAAGAAAAAAAAUUGAUAAAAGUGUUUAUUCCGUUGGUGCUCAGGCAGAAAAAGAAGCAGUUUGGAUUGUUUUUGUGACUUGGAUUUUGGAUACUUCAGAAUAAACAGGACCUUUCAUUUGCCUGGAAAGAUGUGAGCCUGAGAGCUGAUCAGGAAUAAAUUCUGAAUAAAUUCUCUCAACACUUGAUUCAAGAAGCCUUUCCUACAGACAUCAUGGAGCUUCUGUGGAUCGUUCUCGCUCUUCUCGACGUUAUUUACAUGACUAAUUGUGCUCGAGGUCCCCCCCGUGUUUCAGAGAAGGUGGCGCAUCGACAGACGGUGCGGGUCGGACGCACCAUGAAGCUCCAGUGUCCAGUCGAGGGUGACCCGCCGCCCCUGAUCAUGUGGAGCAAAGACGGCCGCAAUAUCCACAGCGGAUGGAUGCGCUUCCGGGUCACGCAUCAAGCGCUGCGCAUAAAAGAGGUGGAGGCCGAGGACGCCGGGACUUUCAACUGUAAAGCCACCAACGGCUUCGGCAGCGUCAACAUCAACUACACCCUCAUUGUGAUCGACGACUCGAGCGCAGGGAAGGACGGUGCCAGACCAGCGGGAGACGCAGAGUUCUCCACUGACCCGUCAGGAAAACUGGUGCGGCCCCGGUUCACCCAGCCGGCCAAGAUGAGGAAGCGGGUGAUCGCUCGGCCAGUGGGCAGCUCGGUGCGGCUGAAGUGCACGGCUAGUGGAAACCCUAGACCCGAUAUCGUGUGGCUGAAGGACAGCAGGCCACUCGCGCCCGAAGAGGUGGGCGAGAGCCGCAAGAAGAAAUGGACGCUAAGCCUGAAAAACCUCACGCCCGAGCACAGCGGCAAGUACACUUGCCACGUCUCCAACCGCGCCGGAGAAAUCAACGCCACCUACAAAGUGGAAGUCAUCCAACGCACCAACUCCAAGCCCAUCCUGACGGGCACGCAUCCCGUAAACACGACGGUGGACUACGGCGGCACCACGUCCUUCCAGUGCAAAGUGCGCAGCGACGUGAAACCUGUUAUCCAGUGGCUCAAGCGAGUGGAGCCCGGCGACGAGAGCAAGUACAAUUCGACCAUCGAGGUCGGAGAGCACCGCUUCGUCGUGCUGCCGACCGGGGAGGUGUGGUCACGGCCCGACGGCUCCUACCUCAACAAACUGCUCAUUACCCGCGCGAAGGAGGAAGACGCGGGCAUGUACAUCUGCCUGGGCGCCAACACUAUGGGCUACAGCUUCCGCAGCGCCUUCCUGACCGUCCUGCCUGACAAUAAGCCGCACUUCCCGUACGCCCCGGCGGUCUCGUCUCCUGGGCUUCCCUGGCCCGUCAUCAUCGGCAUUCCCGCCGGCGUGGUCUUCAUCCUGGGCACCGUCCUUCUGUGGUUCUGCCAGUCUAAAAAGCACUGUUCCUCAGGAGCCAUCGUCUCCGCCCAGGCCAACGGCCAUCGCCAGCCUCCUCGAGAGCGGCCGCUGCCGGGAGCCGAUAAGGACUGCACGGGCUCGGUGAGCUACGAGGAGUACCUGAAUCAACAGCAGCAGCAGCAGCUCCUGCUCGGCCCCAAGGUCUACCCGAAGAUCUUCACAGACAUCCACACGCACACACACUCGCACGUGGACGGGAAAGUGCACCAACACCAGCACAUCCACUACCAGUGUUAGCCUCCCGAUAGUCCCGCAGGGUUCCUCUUCAAGAACCGUGCUUCUUCAUCCCUCGACAGCGACCUCACCAGUGGCAGUUUCUCAUCGCAUCGUUCGGAAUCUGCAGAACUUCAACCGACUUCAAGCGAGAACGCUCGGGCCGGGCCGGGCCGGGCCGCGCCGCUCGUUCUGGAGAACACGAACCCGUACGAAUACACGAGCCGGAAAACCGUUUUCCUUACGGGAUAUCAAGAGCAUACUUCCACAAGAUUACCAUGAGACAUGGCUAAAGGAGAACACAACAUGAGCAACUGUUUCACACAAAGCUAAACAGAACAGCACAUUUUCAGGUCAGUCCUGGACCAUGUGCACGGUCAAUGGAAGAAGAAGAAGAAGAAGAAGAAGAAAAAAGUGAAUGUACUGUUGCGAACACUGAGCUUGGUCUUUUCGGCCUCGUGAACCGCCGCCUCUUUGAUCAGUCAGCUUUAACGCUCGUCCACAAAUCCUCGGUCUGUGGACGUGGCCAAACGGGAACGUUUUCCAUUAGCACCAAAUGACAUCGAGAACUGUCUGUCUUACCGCGAGCUAAACCGAAACUGUCCGUCAGCGUAGGUGUUUGCAGGUAUACGCUAUUUUACGAACUCUGCAUACGCCAAAUUCGGAUUAAACGCGGAUGCUGACACGCCCUUUACUCCUAACCGACCGCAUGAGAGUCUAUACUGUAUGUCCGUGUAAGUUCCCGCCGAUUCCGUGAGCUUCCGCGUAUCGGUCGGGAAUUCCGUCUUCGGUACGUGAACGUCGCGUUAUCGGUCUUUUGCAAACGUAGUCGGAUGUUUAAGUGUCUCUCUCUUUUAAGUGUAGCUCCACUUAAUGGAUUAAAAACAACACAAGUGCCUGGUUGUUGUUCUUUUUUUUUUUUUAAUUUUUGAUAAAAGUCUUUAGUGAUAUCCGUUAUAAAGGUUCAGGUACGGAAUAACGAUACGAAUUCCUUUCUCUCAGGUGCCCUUUAGAUCGAACUGGUUUGCCUUUGGACACGUUUUUAUUAUCUUGACCACUAUAUUAUGAAAAACUGUGCAACAAUGCCUUUGACUGCUCGAGUAACGGCAGCCCGCCCUUCCUGUGUUUUUGGUGCUAGGGCUUUAAAAUCAGACCGAAACGCCGCGACGGUGCGAGAACGCCGUUCCCCGCCCCGUCGUCCCUGCUUUAUCCGUGAUUGCCCAAACGUGGACGUGCAGAACACACUGCCGAGUUUUGGAACCCAUGUUAACGCACUUAUUCGGCGGUUCCAUCCGCAGCAGCGAGAACGAUUUCGGUGUUCCGGUGUUGUUGGGAAUCGCUCCGGACGCAAAAACCCCCGUCUCACGCUCCAAGUUAACAGGUGUAGUUAAUUUAUUUGCUAGCGUUAUAUUUUUGUGACCGUAAAUUGGGCAUUAUAUAAAUGUUUUGAACCAAAUAAAACAAAACAAGAUAUAGAUUAUGGUUUUAUUUUUGAUUAUUAUUAUUAUUAUGUUGUUGUUGUUGUUUUUUUUUUUUUAUAUAUAGCUGCGAUGUAAGCUAUGUAGCAUAUAUCAUAAGUGUAAAAUAUUUAUAUGUGCAUUUUAAAAAAAUUAAAUAAAAAAAAAGUUAGAAUUUUAGUUAUCUUUGUACGGACAAUCUUGUACAGUCAGGCCUCUUUUUACGUGGUAAAGAUGUUACGUUUGUCACAGUUAAAAUCGUUUCCAAUAAAAUGAUCAAUCUUU